ACACACAAACAGCCUCAGUGGGUCAUUGUGAUGCUGUCUGUCCUUGUGUGUUCAGUUACAAACUGUAUUGCUACAACGGUCUAAGAUCUUCCAAAGUUUGUUAAUCUGUUCAUCAUGAAGUACGUGUUGUCACUCUGUAUUUUCAGUGCCUUUUUCAUGAACCUCGCACACUGCGACUGCACCACAACAUGCACGAAUUCUCUUCAAUCGGCUGUCAGAGGAGUCAGAAGUCAAGAUCAGAUCUGCCCUCUUAUACGGACUUAUCUGAAUUGUCUUGAGGAGACUUGCAAGGUAGAGCUGUCGUCAUAUUACCCAUUGCUGGAAAAACUUAUGAAGGAUAAUGGCGUUUCUUGUAGUUUAAACGCCGCCUCAAGGUCUGUGUCCCUCAGCCUCCUCACAGUGUGUGGCUCCGUGCUGCUGACUGCUUACAGAAUCUUCAGCAUGUGAUCCUCUCAGUCUGUGUGACAAAACAGUGAACUGUUUAAUUAUUUCUGUAACAAUAUCUAACCUAAUAUAACAGGCAUUUCAGCUUCUUAUUUGUUAUGGGAAUAGCACACAUUCACUGUUUAUGUGCACAACUUUUGUUGUAUGUUAGUUUUUAAAAUGUCUGUUUUGUUCCAGAUGUUUAGCUCAACUCUACACAACAGUUUUUAAUAAUUGACAUAUAAAAUAAAUGUGUCGCGGUCACAAUUGUGAAAAAUAGUUAAGCCUAAUAAGCCAACAUAUCAUACUUGAUACUUAUAUGAAGAAAGUCUUUAAGAAAGCAUGUGCCACGAAUAAAUGUAGAGCCUUGUUCAGCGAAAUAUUUUUUUUUUAAUAUUUCAUCGCUUACCAUUGAUGACUGACGAGGUGAGUUUUGUAGUUAAAAUAACAAGAAUCAGAACCUUGUGAAUGGUUCGAAUAUUUUUUAGGACAAUCCUUACCUUGUAUUCUCAAUUUUUGUUUAAACUUCUAGAAUGAGUCAGUUGUUUGAAUCGUGUGGAUAUUUGCAUUAAAUUUAUCAAAACC